AUCGAAAACCGCCGUUUCACCUUGUUCUUGUUCCUGUAACGCGCGUGACGUAACGUACCGUAGGGACGUAGGCGGCGGGCACAGGCACACCCGUUAACGAGAGAAGUCACGGGAUGGCCGCUUGGCGUUGACAAGUUCGAUAUCUCCGGCUUAGAAAGACUUGAGGACCGAUCCGCCAGUUUGCGUUAGGCGCGUUCCGUCCGUCGCGCUGGUCAAGUGCAUGAACCUGUUUGUGCAGUGCUGUGACGUGUACGAAAGUCCGGCGUAGGCCUGUCUGUGCGGGGCGGCAGGCGGCGGCUCGAGAGUCGGCCUUACGCGAGUCGAGUCAGUGGAUUGUGAUCUGUGCAAGUGUUGAUAAAAUCUAUCAAAAUGCCGAAGCAAAUGAACGUGCGGGUGACGACGAUGGAUGCGGAGCUGGAGUUCGCUAUCCAGCAGACCACCACCGGCAAGCAACUUUUCGAUCAAGUGGUUAAAACAAUCGGCCUCCGUGAGGUGUGGUUCUUCGGCCUCCAGUACACCGACAGCAAGGGUGACUUGACGUGGAUCAAAUUGUACAAGAAAGUCACCAGCCAGGAUGUUAAGAAGGAAAACCCCCUGCAGUUCAAGUUCCGAGCCAAAUUCUAUCCUGAAGAUGUAGGACAAGAACUUAUUCAGGACAUUACUCUGAGACUUUUCUACCUACAAGUGAAGAAUGCCAUCUUAUCAGAUGAAAUAUUUUGUCCGGCUGAAACAUCAGUGCUUUUGGCAUCUUAUGCCGUUCAAGCAAGACAUGGAGACUACAACUCGUCAAUUCAUGAACCGGGCUUCCUCGCCAGAGAUCGCUUGCUGCCUCAGCGAGUCUUCGACCAACAUCAAAUGUCCAAGGAUCAAUGGGAGGUCCGUAUCAUUCGCUGGUGGACAGAACACAAAGGCAUGCCCCGAGAAGAUGCUAUGAUGGAAUAUCUGAAAAUCGCCCAGGAUCUGGAUAUGUAUGGCAUCAACUACUUCGAGAUUCGCAACAAGAAAGGCACUGACCUAUGGCUGGGUGUUGAUGCUCUAGGUUUGAACAUCUAUGCUAAAGAUAAUAAGCUCACACCAAAGAUUGGUUUCCCUUGGGCUGAAAUCAGUAAUAUUUCAUUCAAUGACCGGAAAUUCAUCAUCAAACCCAUUGACAAGAAGGCUCAGGAUGUAGUGUUCUUUGCCCCUCGAGUUCGCAUUAACAAGCGUAUCCUUGCAUUGUGUAUGGGUAAUCAUGAAUUGUUUAUGCGGCGGCGCAAACCAGACACUAUUGAUGUGCAACAAAUGAAGACCCAGGCUAGAGAAGAAAAGCAAGCCAUGCAACAACAGAGGGAAAAACUCCAAAUGGAGAUCGCUGCUCGAGAAAAGGCUGAGAAGAAACAACAGGAGUAUGAGGAGAGGCUCCGUUCCAUGCAGGAAGAAAUUGAAAGACGCCAGCAGGAAUUAGCCAGUGCUCAAGAUAUCAUUCGCCGUCUUGAAGAGCAGUUACGCCAGUUGCAGAUUGCCAAGGAUGAGCUUGAAACCCGUCAGAAUGAAUUGCAGGCUAUGAUGGAGCGCUUGGAAGAGAGCAAAAACAUGGAAGCUGCUGAACGAGCCAAGCUGGAGGAAGAAAUCCAAACCAAGCAGAUGGAGGUCAUGCGCAUUCAGGACGAGGUGCAGGCCAAGGAUGAGGAAACUAGGCGCCUUCAGGAAGAGGUGGAGCUUGCCAGACAAAAGCAAGAGGCUGCCACUCAAGCUUUGGCUGCUGCUGCCACACCCAAGCAACUCCAUGUUCAAGAGAAUGAGCAUGAUGAUGAUGAUGAAAAUGAUGAGAUGAGCAAUGGAGAUGUCAGCCGUGAUCUGGCCACUGACUCAGAUAUCGUUGACCCCAUCGAGGAGAGGCGCACACUGGCUGAGCGUAAUGAGAGACUUCAGAACCAACUCAAGAGUUUGAAGGAAGAUCUUGCUCAGACACGAGAUGAGACCAAGGAAACAACCAUGGACAAGAUUCAUCGUGAAAACGUCCGUCAAGGGCGUGACAAGUACAAGACCCUUCGUGAAAUUCGCAAGGGCAACACCAAGCGCCGUGUGGAUCAGUUUGAAAACAUGUAAUUUCCCUUCAUCUGUGGGAUUCCUCCUGAGAUGGACAAAUCCUUGUUAGAAAAACUCUUCAAACUCAUUCUCUUCCCCUCUUUUCUUCUCUGCCGUGUUUGAGAGCGAGUGAUUGUGCAAGUGUGAGUGCAUUUGUGAAAGGAUAUGUUAUGAAUUUGCAACAGUAGGGGGCUGCCAAGAGUGUGGAUUUUAGGGGAAGUGAUUUUUAAGUGAGAAUGUCAUCUUUUCCAUGACUGAGGCUCUGAAGAGCAGUUAAGGCCCACAGUACUCAGCCAGCCUUGUAAUCAGGUGUGAUACAUUUGUACAGCUCAUUAUUUUUUUAAUAUCUUGUAUGUCUGAUAACUGUUCUGUUUACAGAUGUGCCUAUUUUUUUUUUUGUAGGUAAUAUUUCCAGUUCACAUAUCUGUAUGAUACUAAAGUUCAUGUAGUGAAGAAGACAAUAUUUGUACUUGCCAGUCUGUUUGUGAGCUUUUGAGUGCAGCUAGGCACGUAAUUUAAGCCUGCCAAAAUUGAGAGACAUAGAUGUAUUGUAUGCAGCCGUCCAUUUCUUUAUGGCUCAAUUAUGUGAGCAUUGCAUGUGGGGAAUUUGCACUUCAGGGUAACCUUUUUCUAUUCAGUUUGGCAUUGGCAUUGGUUCUUUAGUCAGAAGAUAGGGUCAGAAGAUGUUCCAUUCCUGCUUUCCUGUGACUGUUUUACUAAAUCUGUACUGAGUAUUUGUAUCUGUGUUUGAUAGUAAUUUUGACCGACUGUACUACUGAAAUCCCUUGACAUACUGGAUUAAGGCAGGGUUUCUUUUUAGUUGGUUUCUUCUUGACUGUUUCUUUCCAGAUUGAUCGGUUGGAGACAGGGUUUGGUAUUUUUGAAGCAUUUUUACCUUUCUCAGGUUUCUGUUUAAUUCUAGCCUUAUUCGUUUUUGAUUAGGUCCUAGAUCAGUAUUAUUUUUACUGAGCAUUUAUGAAGUGUCAAAUUAAUGCUCUAUAGACUUCUAACAUGUUUCAGACCUUUCAUGUCACUCUGGGUAUAGAAAUAAAAUGUCCUUUACAUUCUCAGACUUUUAUUGAUAUGUAUCUAUUUUUUUAAAAUCCAACCCAUGCUAGAUUCACCAAGUGCAGACAAAAAUAGUUUGCUAUCCUCAGCAUACCCUGUUUUAUUUUAUUUGGUUUCAUCAUUGUUACAAAAACCCACCCCAUUGAAGUUAAAAGUAUUGCUUAUUCAUUUAUAUAUAUUUAUAUAUAAUUACGUAUACAACCAAUUGUAAUUUUAACAUGUUGAUAACUGAAUCAUUGCCCUUAAAUUGUUUAUUGCGCCCUCUCCUGUCACUUGUUAUUUGUUAGUGUCAUGGUUAAAGAUUAAGAAUUGUUGAUUACCGUACCUUAUCAUGGAAGGAGCAGAUUUCUUUUUAUUUGCUGCAGCACAAUCUAAUAACUACUGUGGAGUAAAGGUCAAGUGUUGCUGUCUUGUUUUCUGUUGAGUUUACAGUGUUUUUAGAGCUUGUGAUAUCAUUCAGAAAGCAAGGUUUGUCAUUCCGUUUACUGUUUGUAUAUGUGUUGAGUGUGAAUGCAUGUUUGAGCUGGGCUUGGCUCGGCUGUGAGAGCUACUUAUGUUUGUGAGAAACCGUGCUGCCAUAUUUCAUUUACUUUCUGAGCUUUCAUUAAGUUGCAAACUUGGGAAUAAAGUGCAUUUAAUUUAAGAUUGUUCUAGCAUUCAGUAAAAGCAAUAGGCACUGUCCAAGGAUAACAACUCAGUGAUGGUGCAGGUGCAUCAAUUUAGAAUGUCAUGAAUGAGACUGCUAGAGAUUUUUGUAAAUUGAUUAUUGCAUUAUACUAAGUCUUACUUCCACAUGGUGCCUUCACAUGUUUAGUAUUAAAGGUUUUCUUCAUUUACGGAAAUGAAAGUUGUAGGAUGUAAAAUGUAUUGGUUACGGUAUGUCUAAUAAAAUGUAAUAAUUAUUCA